GGGCGGCCCUGGGAGGAGGCCAAGGCUUUCUACGACAACCUCGCCCCCAAGAAGAAGCCCAAAUCGCCAAAGCCCGAGAACGCCAUCACCAUCGCGGUGUCGUCGCGAGCGCUUUUCCGCAUGGAGGAGGAGCAGAAGAUUUACAACGAGCAAGGGGUGGAGGCCUACGUGAAAUACCAGCUGGACCACGAGAACGAGCCCUUCCUCCCUGGGGCCGCCUUCCCCUUCGUCAAGGCGCUGGAAGCGGUGAACACGCAGCUCCGCGAGCUCUACCCCGACAGCGAGGAGCUCUUCGACAUCGUCCUCAUGACCAACAACCAUGCCCAGGUUGGGGUUCGCUUGAUCAACAGCAUCAACCACUAUGAUCUGUUCAUCGAGAGGUUCUGCAUGACGGGAGGGAACAGCCCCAUCUGUUACCUCAAGGCCUAUCACACCAACCUCUACCUCUCCUCCGACGCCGAGAAAGUGAGUGGGGCCAUUGAAGAGGGGAUCGCUGCGGCCACCAUCUUCAGCCCCAGCAAAGACCUGGAGGUGUCGGAGAACCAGCUGCGGGUGGCGUUUGAUGGUGACGCCGUGCUCUUCUCUGAUGAGUCGGAGCAGAUUGUGAAGGCUCACGGCUUGGACAUGUUCUUUGAGCAUGAAAAGGCUCAUGAGAACAAGCCUCUGGCACAGGGACCCCUGAAGGGCUUCCUGGAGGCCCUGGGGAAGCUGCAGAAGAAGUUCUACUCCAAGGGGCUGAGGAUGGAGUGUCCCAUUCGCACCUACCUGGUCACCGCCAGGAGCGCGGCCAGCUCGGGAGCCCGGGCCCUAAAGACUCUGCGCAGCUGGGGCCUGGAGACGGAUGAGGCUUUGUUCCUGGCCGGGGCUCCCAAGGGGCCGCUGCUGAAGAAGAUCCGUCCUCACAUCUUCUUCGAUGACCAGUUGUUCCAUGUGGAAGGAGCCAAGGAGAUGGGCACCAUCGCUGCCCACGUCCCCUACGGCGUCGCCCAGAAGCACAAGCGGCCAGCGCAGGAGAAGCAAACCCCAAACAGCAAGUAG